CGGGCGGGCGAGAUAGAAAGAAGUUUUAGCGACCUUUAUUUUGACAGCGUGUAAUGAUUAAGAAAGUGACCCAAAAUAAACAUAUGCAGUUUGAUGCGACCACAGGUUAUUCGUGGAAGAGUGCGACCUUGAGCUGAGGAUGUAUCUCAGUACUUAUUAACCGUCCAUAAUGUUGUUCAGACUUAAAAACUUUGGCAGAUUUCUUCACCAAAGAAACAGUGUUGUAUCGCGACAGGAUUUACAGUGGAACAGGCUCUGACCAAAUGGGGUGCUCGUUUUCAGGUGGCCGGAGUCCCUGAACCUCACCUUUCCAGUGAAUACAUAAUUUCACACGUGCUAGGCCACAAGACUCUAAACAGCCUCAGCAGGAAGGGGCUUACACAGAUGCUCUCCCAAGCACAGCUAGACAGGAUCUGGAAACUUUGUCAUAAACGGCUCACUAGGAUGCCGGUGCAGUAUGUGAUUGAGGAGUGGGACUUCAGAGACAUCACUCUAAAAAUGAAACCACCUGUGUUUAUACCACGUCCUGAAACAGAGGAGCUGGUGGGCCUCAUUCUGGCUGACCUCAAAGACUGUGGCAUUGCAAGCGAAGAUAUGGACACUUUGAGCUUCCUGGAGGUGGGCUGUGGCUCUGGAGCAAUCUCCCUGAGUCUGUUGCAUAGUCUCACACAGGUCAGGGGGAUGGCUCUGGACCAGAGUGCUGAGGCUGUGGCCCUCACCAGGGAGAAUGCGCUAAGCCUUGGACUGCAUGACAGACUUAAAGUCAGUCAAGUGGAUGUGAUGAGAGAUGCAGACUGGCUUCUGAGAACUUGUAGCCCCGUGGAGGUGCUUGUUAGUAACCCUCCCUACCUCUUCACUGAAGACCUCGACUCACUGGAGCCGGAGGUCAAAAGGUUUGAGGAUCAUGCUGCAUUAGAUGGAGGAGAGGAAGGAAUGUGUGUCAUAGACCAGAUUCUGGCGCUUGCACCGAGGCUGUUAACUGAUAACGGUCGAGUCUACCUUGAGGUGGAUCCUCGACAUCCCGACCUCAUCCAGACCAGGCUGAAGGAAAAAGUGAUGGGAUUGAAGUAUGUGAAGACUCAAAAUGAUUUUACAAAUCGACCACGCUUCUGCAUCCUACAGAGACGAGGAGCAGGCUGACCGGCGGCUGAUCAGGCGGUGAGCAUGAUCAAGAGGAGGGGAGAUGGAAAGCCCGAGGAGAUAUGGGGUUGCUGCAUUAGGGUGUGUGUGUUUAGCCUGUGGAGGAAUUCAGAAUGCAAUCUCACUCCCAGGAUCCUUCAUAAAGCAUCUCUCAUACAGCACGUACUUAUCCUAAGGGUGCUAAGAGAGGUCCGGAAAGCUACUUUAGAAUGCUGUACCAGGCCCGGCUCUGGGCAGGUUUACAAUUCUCUCAAUACAUUAACUGAUUCGUCACAGAGUGUUACCAAUUUGUUUUGAGUUUGGAAGUGUGUCUAGAUAAUUCUUUAUGUGUGGGUCUAUGUGAGUGUGUGUGUCAGAGAGCACUAGGCUGUAGGUAAUUACUGCAGCCUUUCUCAGAAUUGUCCCUCUUAGUACAGUACCUCUCAUGGUCCCUGGAAGUGUAGCCCUCUUCUGAGAACCAGCUGGCAAACUGCUCAUUGGCUUGCUGGCAUGAAUACACAAAUGCAGCCGUCCUCAAAGCAAUGUAGACUUUCACAUUGGCUUGCUGUUCACACACUCAUUUAAUAUUCUUUAUGUUGUAUACUCCCACAAACACAUUUUCACCAUUACUGUAUGUGUUCACGUGUUUAAGAAAUGUGAGCACACAAAAUGCCGUAAAACAAACAGAAUUAGUGAUUAGAUAAUGUGGGAGGUCCAAAGUAGGACAAUAUCUGCUAUUGAAAUUACAUAACAAUGCAAAAAAUCUCACUUUUGCAAAUAUGUACUUUUGUACAUAUGUACAUAUACAAACAGCUCUGAACAGUAUUUACUGUAUUCAAUGUCAAAUGAAACAUGGCUGCUGCGGUCGGUAUCCAAAAUGGAUAUGGGAGGAAUUGUAAUAUUUGCCAAUAAAAAAAAUCACAUAUAUAGCCCAGGUCUGUUAAAAUGUCCAGUACCUGAAAUUCUAAUUCUGAGAAAUGUGAUUGACAUUUUGUUGUGACGCACAACAUGGGGCCUGCAAUCACACACCAAAAUUCAUCAAUACUGACUCCUAUCCAGCCUUUUAAUGCAUCAUCUAGUUUCAUGUAACCUUUCAGAUUUUUUCAUUUACAAAUACAGUUUUAUUCUUUUUUUAUUUUACUGAAAUAAAAUAAUAAGGAAACCUCCCACUUUUCAGUUUUUUAUAUUGGUAAGAUUAAAAUAAUAGCUUUUUAUUUUCAAAUUCUAAAUUCUUAGAGACAGCCUUACUAAACUAUAUUUUACUGUGUAUUUUGCUUACUUGAAUUCAUUUAAGGUAGAAUGAAGGUUUAUGGUGAGAUGAAACCUAUACAUUCUUUAAGCUUCAAUAGAUAGACAAACUUGUGUUUUUACCUGGAUGUUAUUU